GGAUAUGAUAUAGCAGCCCGGAUAUCGCCCGGGAAUAAUGGCGGUACAGGCUGUACAUAUUCAAGGGGAUGCUUUCCUUGUCUGUGUGACCCACUCUCUGAGUACAGAGAGGGAGGAGGUUAUGGGGCUGUGUAUCGGGGAAGUGGAUACACAUCGCGUGGUGCAUAUCUACUCCGUAAUCAUUCUACGGCGGUCCGACAAGAGGAAGGACCGAGUGGAGAUUUCCCCGGAGCAGCUAUCCGCAGCCACCACCGAGGCUGACCGGCUGGCGGAGAUAACAGGACGCCCCAUGCGGGUGGUCGGCUGGUACCAUUCCCACCCACACAUCACCGUGUGGCCCUCUCAUGUGGACGUGCGCACCCAGGCUAUGUAUCAGAUGAUGGACAGUGGCUUUGUGGGUCUUAUCUUCUCCUGCUUUAUCGAAGACAAGAACACAAAGACGGGACGCAUAUUAUACACCUGCUUCCAGUCGGUCCAAGCGCAGAAAGGCACCGAGUACGAGAGGAUCGAGGUGCCCCUGCAUGUGGUCCCACAUGACACAAUUCGGAAGGUUUGUUUGGAAUCCGCAGUGGAACUUCCCAGAAUCCUUUGCCAGGAGGAACAGGAUGCCUACCGCAGGAUACACAGCCUCGGACAUUUGGAUUCAGUCACGAAGAUUCACAACGGUUCUGUGUUUACUAAGAACCUGUGCGGUCAGAUGUCUGCCAUCAGUGGGCCGCUCUUGCAGUGGCUGGAGGACCGCCUGCAGCACAACCGACAGCGUGUGCUGGAAUUAGAGCUGGAGAAAGAGCAGCUCAUGCAGGAACUAGACUCCCUUAACUGAUCAGACUGUGGAGAGGGCACAGGGGGUGCUCGAGUCUUCACUGAUGAACAGGAGUGUGCCCAAGACCUCUUCUUUUUGUUAUAUUACAUUACUACAUAAGUAACAUAGGACAUGUCUUAAUCUCCAUCAUUGUUGGUGCCGUUGCUAUUUUAUUGCAGUUCACACUGCUGUGGUAUAUGUCUUUUUCUGAAGCCUUGCAAAAUGUAUAAUAAAACAGUAAAAAAGAAAACAUACAAAAAA